AUGGAUCUUUCUGUUGUUCACAGACAAAUUGAAGAAGCCUGCAAUGACAUGCAGGUACCUGCUACUCGUCUUGCGGGAGAGCAAGUACUUUUAAGUUUCAAGCAGGCCUCUGGCAAUUUGGAAGCUUGUAAAUACAUACUGGUUGAUUCUAAAAUGUGUAUGAUACUUAGUCUUGCUAACUAUGCACGUGAGCAGUUAUUACAUGCGAUUUCCGUUGUUACAAAACGCAGUCUUGACGAUUACUAUGAUGAAGAGAAGCAAGCUAUAUUAGCACAAGUACAAGAAUUAGUUAGUUCGACCGGCUAUUCCCAACAAAUAGGCAUUGGCCUGGCCAACGCAUUAACCGAUGAAUUUUCGACUACAAAAUCUAGUAAUGUUGGUGUUACUUGGAACUUUCAUAAAAAGAGUAAAGACUUCUUUGAGGCAAGCGCGAAUAUUCUUUUACCCUUUUUUGAGAUUGUACUUCGGGUCUUACAUCAACAAUUACAGUUAUACACAGUAAAAGAAAAUGGAACUGAAACAAAUUCUCAUCGACCGGAUCCUCGAAAUGAUACGCUUUUAGCGAUUGCUGUUGCUUUGGCGGAAAAGAUCUUAACCUGGGACUUUUCGAAUCUCAAUGAUACAGUAUUGGCGGGAACAUUUAUUCUGGAAGGAAGCGACACUAUACUUCCAGAAGAUGAAUUAUUUCUGACGGCCAAAACAAGGGCAUUUCCACCUCAGUGGAGAAACAUUUUAUUAAACAGCGAUGUCUUGCAAAUGUUUUUUACGCUUCUUAAAGCCGUACAAGAAUCAGAGAUGUUAAUGCAUAGAACCCGACAAUGUUUAAUCCAACUUUCAGGAUUGCGCGUUGAAAUUUUCGAAAACGAGGCCCAAAUCAAGGAGUAUAUGUCCAUAAUUAUUCGUGGAAUAAUGACUUUUAUAAAUGAUCUAUCUGUUGAUCUUCCAGAGAGAUCUGCCUCUCAUGAAUAUGGACCUAGGCUUCUUGGGGUGACCCAAAUGAUUAGACGUUUUCUUUGUACGAUUCCUCUGGAUAUCUUAUGUAGCAAUUCAGAAAUAUAUUCGUUUUUACAAGAAGUUGCACAGUUAACUGCAAUAUGCCUAAGAGAAACUUCAACUGAUAAAGAUGGAUUAGGCUAUCUGGUAGAAGAAAGCACUUGGAGCAUGGAAGCUUUUGACGAGUUAUUGGCUAUAUGGGUAAAAUUAGUUCAAGAUGUGCAAAAUUAUAUCAAUCCUAAUCCUUACUCGACUCAUGAAAUUGAUAUAACACGCGCACAAAUGUCUUCAUUUAACCCUGAGGGAAUUAUGGGAUUUUUGGCUGAAGCCAGUUAUCACAUCACUGCCACGUAUAUAGAUACUCGCAUUGAAAUAGCUAAAUUUGCAAUAUUUGAGGAGGAUGAUUAUGGCGAAUAUAAAGAUUGGGAUACUUACGGAGAUCAAUUAAUGAGCAUUGCUAUUUUGGGACGCGUUGUUGGGCAGAAAACUUUGGAGAGAUUACAGGGAUUGCUUCAUGAACGAUUCUCGCGGCUAAAAACAUUCUUUAAUACUGGCGUAGCAGUAGAUGGAAGCAGUAUAGUGUCUUAUAAUUAUCUGAGCUCACUUCAUGAGGCUACUCAUUGGCUGAUUCUUAUCAGCGGGUUUAUGCUAACGGAUUCAGGCGAAAGUGAAACGCUACUUGUUCCCGAUGCUUUGAUGCAACUAUCAAUACCCCAGAGUAAUCUCGGCAAGAAUCGUGACCAAGUUGUAAUGUUGCCAAAAAUUAUAAUAGAAAUUUUAGAACUUUUUUCUUUAGACUCGUCAACUGUAGAGGCUUCCCAUUGUAGUCCUCGAGUUGCAGAGACUUUAUUCUGGUUCUUAGAAAGAUGGGCAAAAACAUAUCUACUAAUUGACGAAAGUUAUUAUUCAUCAAUGAGCCAGAAUCUUGUUGCCGCUUUUGGUAAACCAACUUCUCAAGGUGAAGGCAUCCGAAUACUGGAAUUGAUAAUUGAAUUAACAAAAAGAAACUUUGUGUUAUGGAAUGCCGAUGUUGAUCCAUUGUUACAGAUUGUGAGGAUGCUCAAUUCGUUCGCCAAAGAAUCCGCAUUAAGAAAUGGUUUACUACAAUCAGAAAAAUUUAUAUCGUUGAUUACAUUUUUCACAGAUAACUUAAAUACCCUUCCGGAAGUGAUACAUAACAUCUUGAUACAAACUAUUACAAUAAUAACUUCUGGAGAAUCUAACCCAGAUUUGAGGCUAAAUUAUUUUAAGAUCAUUGCUCAAGCCAUUGAGAAACGACUAAUAAACGCUUUACAGCGUCCAGAUUUUGAUCAAAAAUACCAGCAAGCUGAUGUUAUGACUGAUGUCAUGAAUGCUUUGGAGAUGUUUGAUGGACUUGCACUGGCCUCUAGCAUAUCUAAUAAUGCUAUGGUGUUCUCUUUUUGCGCCAAAUAUUUUGAAUCUUUUGUGCGAAUAUUACAAUAUUAUCAAAACUGCCCCGAAGUUGUAAUAUUGGUGCUUCGAUUUUUUAAAUCAUUUGUCGGUCACAUUGAAUUCAGUCAACUCGCAACAGAGCAGAAUCAAUUAGCGUAUAAAACUAUCGGGGAAAUAUUUAAAGUCUAUUCCGAAGCAAAUUUGGGCAAAAAUCUCUCGAAAUUAAUAGAAGAGGGAAACGAAGAACCAUAUUCUGAUAUUUCUAUUCUAUUGAGUUUAUUGUCUGAAUUGAUAGCAACGGAUUUUCGCGGAUUUUUCGAAUCUGAUUCUGCGCAAGACACAUCAGGAAACCUAAAUGUUCCUAAUAUUGUAUUUUAUGGAAUAAAUCAAUUGGUGCCGUUGAUAAAUCAAGAAAUGCUCAAAAUACCGCGAUUGUGCAGUGGGUACAUUCGGCUUGUUUCCAAUAUCAUUGAAUCAUAUCCUCACAGAUUGAUCAACCUAUCCGCCGAAUUACUCAACAGUUUAAUGGCUUCUUUGGACACCCCCAUCUAUGAUGUUGCUCGCCAGGGUUAUCAGGCUAUUACUCCUCUGGCAUUGUUUGCUCACAACGAAGAACGGAAAAAAGACAUUUUGGCAGUCCAGCAUCUUUAUCCUUUUUUAGAUAAAUUCCUACAGAUCGUAUUCAAAUGUUUGCUAUUUAAGGACUUUGAAGCUAACUUGAUAGAUCCAGCUGCAGAGUCCUUGGUGGCUUUGAUUUGUGCUAGAAGAAAUUCCUAUAAUUCUUUAGUAUCAUCAAUAAUUGCGCAACAAGCUCCGGAUACACGAAAUCAUUUGCAGGAAGCAUUCUAUAAUUUAUCUAUUAGCGUUACAGAAACGCUUCCGGAAUCAGUACUACGACCUAGGGAUGUAUCCGGUUUUCGGGAGGUUUUAUUCAGAUUCUUGAUGGAUGUUCGCGGAUUCUUGAGAAUCAAAUAA